GCGCGCACGAGAGGGCCUCAUGAAUGGCGGGGGGAGGGAGGGGAGCGGGGCAGACUGCGCUCCCUCUCCCCGGCUCUCAAACAUGGCGAGAGCGGCGUCCGUGUCGCCCGCAUCCCGUCCAUCAUCAGCUCCCUCCGCCUCCUCUCCGCCCCGGUGAUGAGCCGGCAGGAUGGACAAGCUGUCGGCGAGCCUGUCGGAGAUCAGCUGGAGCCCGCUGGCGCUGCCGCUGGACGCGGUGGUCGGCAGGUUCCGUCUGCCCACUCUGGUCCGCCUGGCUCACGGGGAGUGUGUGGAGGGGCUGACGGAGGACGACGUGGUUCUGCUGCACUCGUGUCGACAGUGGACCACCGUGACGGCCCACAGCCUGGAAGAGGGCCACUACGUCAUCGGACCCAAGAUCGACAUCCCGCUGCAGUACCAAGGGAAGUUCAAGCUGCUGGAUGAGGACCGCGACAUCAGGGACCCGGUCCAGUACUUCUCCAGCGUAGAGGAGGUGGCCGGCGUCUUCCCAGACCGAGUCUUUGUCCUGGAGACCGUCACCUUCAGUGUGAAGGUGGCGUCCGGAGAGUUCAGCGAGGACAGCGAGCAGUACAGCUUCACUCUGCAGGCGGGAGACGAGCUGUCGCUCAUGGGGAAGGCGGAGCUUCUGUGUGCCACGCCCACCAAGGAAAAGACCGGACUCAGCGCCCUCCUGAGGCGGCUGGGCAAGACUCCCAGAAGUAAGACCCCGUGCCUGGUCUGCAUGAACCACCGCACCAACCAGAGCGUCAGCCUGCCCUUCGUCUGCCGCGGACGCUUCUGCACCCGCUCCCCGCUGGAGCAAGGCAUGCUGGGAGGGGAGCACACGGUGCGCAGCAUCAUCGAGAGGGUCCGGCUGCCCGUCAACGUGUCGGUGCCGACCCGCCCCCCUCGCAACGCCUACGACCGGCACGUGGUGCGGGAGGGCCACCGCUACAAGCUGCUCAACAUCGUCAGCAAGACCGUGGUGCUGUGCCUGGUGCUGCGGAGACAGGAAGUGUCUCCCUCCCACUUCCUGCUGCUGCGCUGCAUGCCGCGCUUCAACGCCGCCGAGGCCUCUUUGCACGUGGCGGCGCUGGAGAGCUUCCUCUUGAGACACGCCUUCGACCCCGACGCCUACUCCCGAGCGGUGCGGGAGACUGGGCCGGAGCUGGAGUGCCUGACGGAGGAGUGCGUGAGUCCGCGGCGAUCCGGCGUCUGCGUGGCGGCCCGGGACACGCUGGCGGCGCGCUGCAGGGACUCGCUGGGGGAGCGGCUGGGCGAGGGGCCCGGUGAGGAGCGCGAGUAUGUGACUCCGGAUUGGACGCAGGCCGGCGAGGAGAUCCCGUACGAGGAGCUGUGGACUAACCAGGGCUCGGAAGGCCUGGGAAAGGAGCCCACCCUCAUCUCCUUCCACUCCUCGUCUGCCAUGGACGGCUCGCUGGCCACCGUGGUCACCCGCGUCUCCACCCCUCCACCUGUACCUCCCAAAUCUGAUGCUGUGAGGGAGGAGUGCCGCUACUUGAUGGCCCCCCCGGUACCCCCCCGCUGCUCUAAAGGGGGCUCCAUCUCCAGCCCGGCCCCGAGCCCCCCAGUGCCUCCUCGCUUCCCCAAAACCUGCGGCUCCCCCCGACCCAACCUGUCCUUCUACUCGCCAGGCCUGCAGGACAGCUCGUCUCCGUCUCCGGACGCGCCCAUGUACUGCUACCCCUGCUCCUGGAGCGACUGCCCGGCGCCUGAACCCGGCCUCCCCGUGGACGCCACGCUCACGCCUCAGCCGGUGCAGGCCACCUGGUCAGAACCCUGGGCGGACUCCUUCACCGCCGGACCUCGACUCCGCCCACCGCCCCCGCAGAGUCGCUUUGCACCUUUUGGCGCUUUGAACCCUUUUAACCGCCAGUCGCCGUGUCCCUCUCCGGAAUCAGAACCAGAGUCGUCCAGGGGUGCGGAAGGAGGCGGGGCUUCCACGGACGCGCCCGCCGACCCCGCCUGGCGACCCCCCGCCGACCUCUCGGCGCUGUCGCUGGAGGAGGUGUCGGCCUGCCUGCGCUUCAUCGGCCUGUCGGAGGCGGCGGUGGCGGUCUUCCAGAGGGAGCGCAUCGAUGGCAGCCUCCUGGUGCAGCUGACCGACGACAUCCUGUCGCAUGACUUUCACCUGAGCCGCCUCCACGUCACCAAGAUCACUCAGUUCAUACAGGGAUGGAGGCCCAAGAUCUAGCGGUGGCGUGGGGGCGGAGCCUCCGGGGUGUGCCUUCUCUCGGCUGCUGACUUCGGCAGACGCCCGCUUCCUGUCAGGACCCCUUUACUAACAAACGAGAGGCUCGUCCCACUGAUCUGUGCUGUCCCUCUGCCGUCCACAAGGGGUGGUAGAGAGUCAUAUCACUGAAGGACCGUCUAACCCUUACGUCGCGCCCCUCUCCUGAGCAAAAAUAAACACUUCCUUUGACACCCAGUAGGGGGAGGAAGAGAGCCAUAUCAGCGGACGCAGAAGCUACCUUUUCUUCGUUUCUCGCUUACCGACACACCCACAGACACAUCGAGUUAAUCGGUUAUUUAACGAGAGAUUAACGAUCAAUUAAUAAAGUUCUAUAUCACAAAACAAAACGGUAUUAUUGUAAAACAUUUAGAGAAGAUAAAAUAUCAGAUUAAGACAUUCGUCUAAUAUUAGGCUUAAAUGUUGCAAUUAAAGAGAAAUAAUGUGACAUGAUGAAUGUUCAGCUGCUCUCAGAAACAGCCACGUCACUGCGCAUGUCCUGAUGGAGCAGCGUGGAUCGUGACCGGACGUCAACGCGGCCCCGCGCUCUCUUGGCCCUCGAAUGAGAUGGACGCUGGCUGGAGACUGAUGGACACGCUUUCUGUACGAGCCGCAAUGAAGAAAUAAAAA